GAGGGAGGGCGGGAGAGAGCCGGCGCAGCGGCGGCCGCUGUCGCAGCGGAGAAGCCUGCCCGAGAAGCGGAGCCCCGCCUGCCGCCUAGCUCUGCAGCCUCAGGGACCCCGGGGCUCGGGGUUGCCACUGCCUCCUUUCAAUGAAGGGAUACGUGUGUUCUUCUAAACACCCUCUGCGACAGAAGAUUCUCAUCCUGUUUUUGACACUAUGGUUGUUCUCUUUAUUGAAACUUUUAAAUGUGAAAAGAUCCUACUUCUCUGGAAAAGGCAUUUACUUAGUCGAACGAUCUUUAAGCACUUCAUCUUACGUAAGAAACAGGUAUACUUUUGUCAGAGGUGAAUCCAGGUAUAAAAUUAACUGUUCCCAUAUUUAUGAGCAAGAACCAGUGGAAAUUGGCAAGACACUGGAGAUAAGGAGGAAGGACAUCAUUGAUUUAGAUGAUGAAGAUGUUGCAGAAAUGACCAGAGAUUGUAAGGUCUAUCAGGCCAUAAGAAGGUACCACCUGAAGCCUGUUUCAUUGGAAGAGCAAAGAUUCCCAAUAGCUUAUUCUUUGGUGGUUCACAAAGAUGCCAUCAUGGUUGAAAGGUUGAUCCAUGCAAUAUACAACAGUCACAAUGUUUAUUGUAUUCAUUAUGAUCAGAAAUCACCUAACACAUUCAAACUAGCCAUGGACAAUUUAGCCAGGUGCUUUUCCAACAUUUUCAUUGCUUCCAAAUUAGAGACAGUGGAAUAUGCUCACAUAUCCAGGCUCCAAGCUGAUUUUAAUUGCUUAUCUGACCUGCUGAAAUCCCACAUUCCAUGGAAGUAUGUUAUUAACCUGUGUGGACAAGAUUUUCCUUUAAAAUCAAAUUUUGAAUUAGUAACUGAGUUGAAGAAACUAAAUGGGGCAAAUAUGCUGGAGUCAGUGAAGCCAAGUAGCAGCAAAAAGGAAAGAUUCACUUAUCACCAUGAACUCAAAAUUGUGCCUUAUGACUACAUGCUAAUGCCUGUAAGGACAAAUAUUUCCAAGGAAGCUCCACCCCAUAACAUUGAGAUUUUUGUGGGUAGUGCUUAUUUUGUUUUAAGCCGAGCCUUUGUUAACUAUACUUUCAAUAACCCCCUCGCUAAGGACUUUUUUGAGUGGUCUAAAGAUACAUACUCCCCAGAUGAGCAUUUCUGGGCCACCAUGAUCCGAGUACCAGGAAUACCUGGGGAGAUUUCCAGAUCAGCACAAGAUGUCACGGAUCUACAAAGUAAAACCCGACUGGUCAAAUGGAAUUACCUGGAAGACCAUUUCUAUCCUCCCUGUACUGGCUCUCAUCUCCGUAGUGUAUGUAUCUAUGGGGCAGCCGAAUUAAGAUGGCUUAUGAAAUAUGGACACUGGUUUGCCAAUAAAUUUGACUCCAAGGUGGAUCCCAUUUUAAUAAAAUGUUUGGCUGAAAAACUUGAAGAACAACAGAGAGAAUGGGUCCAUUUAUCUUCAGAAAAAUUAUUUAUGUUUGGAAGUCCCACGUCUGCAUCACGAUAGAAAUAUUGUGAUGAUUGCUUUUAAUAAAGGCUCUUAAUAUAUGAAGACAUGUAACAUCAAUAUAAUCAUAUAAAUGUUAUUCUCCCAUGUUUUGAAAGAUGUCUGAUACAUGGGGAUGGAGAGAUUAUCAUAAGCUGGCAUAUAGUGGUAAUUUGCUUAUGUGUAUCACACCUUCGCAAUUCCACUGGAUGGAAUUUUGAUGACUUUCAAAAUAUUCAGGCAUCAAAAGGCAAGUUAUAAUAAUGAGGCAUAACAUGCCUUUGGGAAACUUCCCAUCGAAUUCCUGUGUGGUAGUGACCCUGAGACCUUCAUGGUAGUAUCUAAUUACUACAUUUUGAGUGAUCUAAAGAUAUAUACUAGUAAUUAGAUACUACUUAAGGAAGUUUGGCCAGAGCACACAAAAGGCAACAAUGCAUUUUGGAUGGUCUUUAAGUCUAGUAAUUAACAUUCCAUUUCUCUCUCAUCGCAUUGCCUAAUUUAAAAAAAAAAACUUUUAAAAGAGUAGGAGGGAGGACUGUCUACUACCUCAGAAGAGCUCAAAGAAAAGUCCAACUUCCUGCCAUGUCAUAGUCUGCAAGUAAUUUAGUGCACCUUAUAUUUAGAGUGCUUGAAGACACUGUUGAAGGCGCCUGAUGGCAUGUGUGGUGGUGAAACUCCCUGGGUAGAAUUGAAGUUCCAAGGUGUUCCUGGGAUUCUAUGCCCCACGUUACUUAGUGAUACCAUUGGAUGGCACAAUUUUUUUAUUCACAACUAUUUCUUUUAAACUUUCACUUUCAUCUGUUAAAUUAAGGGUUAUUUAAUGUUUUGAAGCAUUAACCUUGGGAAUCCAGGGCCAACGUGCAGUUUUGUUGAAUAGAUGCCUUCUGUGUUUCUGAUGUAACUCGUGGAACUGUCAUGCUAGAGUCACUGUGAAUUUUCUGCAAAAGAAGGUGUGGAAAAUGGUGACUUUCUAAAGUAAAUAACUCAAUGAUCAUUCUUAUCACGCCUAUGGCAGUUGUUCUAGAAUGUGAUACAGUGGAGCAAUGGAUUUGGCAUCAGAGGAUCCAGGUUCACAUCCUGGUGCUGCCAUUUAUACUUCCGUAUGACGUUGGGCAAACCACUUCACCUUCUGGACCUCAGUUUCCUCAGAUAUAAAAAUGGGAAGGAGGGAUUGGAUUCAAUGACUUCUAAGACCCACUCCAGCUCUAAAUCUAUGAUUUCCAAAAGAUAAGUUGGUAAAACUAUAGUAACUCUGUUUACCCCAUCUCUUAGUGUGACUACGAAAUGAAGAAAUGUUUUCCAAGUGAACAGUUAAAAUACCUGAAGUUCUUACAUCAUACUUCAGUGACCUGUGAUGAUACUAGUGUGGAUAGUUCCCCACCAGUGCAUCUUACAGGCUCUCCCAGCCAGGACUUAGUGUAUUAUUCAUGACAUCUGUCUCUUGGUGGUCAAUUCUCUGGUGAUAAACCUCUCUUGACUUUUCUAAGUUGGACUUAAGAUGGCGAGCACAAAGUCUGCUUUUCAGCUAUGGUCAAAGCUAAAUGAGGACCUUCCAGAGUUUGUCUUCUGUUCUCAUUGGUCUUUGAGAGCCCAGGGUCAGUGGACAACUGACUCGCUCCAUUUGGUAACAUCAGAGUCAAAUUAGAACUGGGGAUUUGGAGUCAUAGUGCUGAGAAUUUCUGCUCCUUGGAGCUGGUUAAUGGAGUUUUCAUUAAGAUAAGCAAUUAAGAUGCAAAUUAUUUUUUUGUAGCUGUGUUAGGGAAAGGAGGGAAAUGUGGAAGAGGAUACAAAGAUUGAGGAAAGGUUAGAGAGUCUUACCAACCUCCCCUUCCAAAGUUGCAGAAUUUAGGUCAAUGUUUUUGAGUGUUCUUAGUCCAAAGGCUGCCUCAGUAACUACCUACAGAGGUGGUUAUCUAUGCCAAAAAAACCUAGUUGGAUGAUUGUAUCAGAGAUACUUGAUUGUAUCAUUACAUGUAUGGUUAUUUUGGGGUUUUGUUCCAUAAUCAUCUGUGAAAUGCACUUUUUUUUUACGGGACAUGUUGCUUGCUGCUAUGUAAGAUGACAUCUCUCCCUCUCUUUUUUCCUCCAUUUUUUUUCUCCACAUUCCCUUCCCAGCAUUUUGACCAAAUAUAGCUCAUCCAAAGCCUCUGAUCCUAAAAAUCAGUCACCCUCUGAGAUACUUCAGUGAUUCUGCCAGAGGUUCCUUUUGUAAUUAAUUAGACUAACUUAAGUGGCCAAAGGCCUCUCUCAUCCCCAGAUCGUAUUGGCAAUCAGAAAUAGGUAGCUGUUGAGAUAAGGAUCAUGACAGUGGAGAAAGUGCUAGUCUUGAAGUCAGGACUAUCUGGAUUCAAAUUCUGCCUCGGACCAGCCGUGUGACCCUGGGCAAGGCCCAUAACCUCUCUGGGCCUCAGUUCUUUAUCUGUAAAAUGAGGUGGGAGAACUAGAUGGCCUCCAAAAUCACUUCCAGUUCUAAAUCUGCAAUCCAUAGCCUACACCAGUUUCUCUCCUCUUGAAGUAAACCUGUGCAUUGAGAAAUUCCAUUAUUGACCAAUCACUUUUGCCGCAUUCAAAUGGGAACACAAAGCCAUUCAUUCUAGCUCUAAUUCCAAUGAUCCUGUCGCUUAUUAAAUGCAAGGGACUGUGCUAGGCACAGGGAUAAAUAGUGCCUGGUCCCGACCCUUAAGGAGUUUAUAUAAUCUUAGAAGGAAGAUAAUAUCGACAUGUCCCUUUCUCCAGUUCUUUCUGCACAGGUUGUCAGAUUAAUCUUCCUAAUUCACAGCUCUGAUCGUAUCACACCACUGUUCAAAAACCCUUCUCUAGCUCCCUAUUGCCUACCAAGUAAAGUAGCUGCACUUUCUUAUUAAUCUUUUUUAUACAUCAGAUAAUCAGGUUGAAGAUGUCAUGUCUGGGAAGCUUGUGCAGUGAACUGAGUGCUGCACUCAAGACUAAGACAUACUCACUCUUUGUCAGUCUGUUCUUUCUGGCCUUUUGUGGUUACUCUCCUGUCAUUCAAGGAUACGGGUAAACCUGCAAAUACCUUCGUUUAACAGGUGCCCCACUCCCUCAUUCUUCAGAUGCUCCUUUAAACCUGACUUCUGUCAUGAAAUCUUUCCAUGUUUAUCUCUGUCCUGACAUUGCCCUUCCAAGGAUUAGUGAUGUGGAUCUUUUAAAUUAUCCUACGCAUAGUGUUUAUUGGAUUUUGACUGUAAGCUCUUUAAAGGUGAGAAGAGGAAUUUUGUGAUUGUAAAUGACUUCUGUAUGGUAUUAGAUAAUGUUAAUAAUGAAAGAUGCUACCGUCUAAUUUAUACGAUGUAAAUAAUACCAUGUUGCAAAAGCUUGGUGACAAAUGUCAAUGUUUACUGUUUUCAAUACUAUGAAUUGAAAUAAUUUCUAUAUAUGUGAAAUGGAAAGUGUCCUCCUGCUCCUCCAAAUGUGACAACAGAUGUAUAUUUUAACACAUUUCAUAAAAGUAACGUCAGGAAUUUUGAAAUUAUAAAGUGCUCUAUACAUGUAAAUGUACACAGUAUUAUAAUAUACCUGUUCAUAGAAAGUGUAACCACAGAGUGACUGGAAUUUUGUUUUGUUUUAGCAUUUUGACAGACUCAUUUCUACAUUCUGUCCUUGUAGGUUACCUUUUGAAAGAGCACAUCUUUUCAAUUAGAUGCAUUUUUAAUAUAUUGUUUGUGCAUUUUUGUAUUACACCACUGCUAAAUGUUAGUUUUCUGAUAUUUUAAAAU